AUGAAAGGCAUUGAGAGAUGUAAUGCCAUGAAGGAUGUGUACACCAAAUACGAAAAGGGAUUUCCAAUGCUCAGUAUCAUUCGGAAUUCAACAGCCAAUGGUCUGGUCACAAAGAGGGAGAUUAUUCCAAAAUGCUGGGAGAAAGAACAGAUCUGGAAUCAAACAUUGCAGUGUACCUACAAGAACUGGUUCUAUGAAGCAUGGGGUUUUAAAGAAGGGAAGUGGCAUGAAUAUUAUGGGCCCGUAGAUAAUACAGAGAAUAUGGAAUAG